AUGGCCCCUACGCUGUUCCAGAAGCUCUUCAGCAAGAGGAGCGGGCUGGGCGCGGCAGGUCGGGACGCGCGGGACCCAGACUGCGCGUUCAGUUGGCCUUUGCCAGAGUUUGAUCCAAGCCAAAUUCGACUGAUUGUAUAUCAAGACUGUGAAAGACGAGGAAGAAAUGUCUUGUUUGACUCCAGUGUUAAGAGAAAAAAUGAGGACAUAUCAGUAUCGAAACUCUGUAGUGAUGCUCAAGUAAAAGUGUUUGGGAAAUGCUGCCAACUGAAACCUGGAGGAGACAGUUCUUCCUCGCUGGAUAGUUCUGUGACUUCGCCUUCUGAUGUAAAAGACCAGUGUUCUAAGUACCAAGGUUCUCGGUGCUCUUCUGAUGCCAAUAUGCUUGGAGAGAUGAUGUUUGGCUCAGUAGCAAUGAGCUAUAAAGGGUCUACCUUAAAAAUUCAUCAGAUCCGUUCCCCUCCACAACUUAUGCUCAGCAAAGUUUUUACUGCACGGACCGGCAGCAGUAUCUGUGGAAGUCUCAAUACGCUGCAAGACAGUCUUGAAUUCAUCAAUCAGGACAACAGUACGUUAAAGGCUGAUUGUAAUAACACAGUUAUGAAUGGACUACUUGGAAAUAUAGUUCACAGCAACCCAAUGGACAUGCCUGGAAGAGAGCUGAAUGAAGACAGAGACAGUGGCAUAGCACGCUCUGCGUCUCUCAGCAGCUUGCUUAUUACACCAUUUCCCUCUCCAAACUCUUCACUUACCCGAAGUUGUGCCAGCAGUUACCAGCGACGUUGGCGACGCAGCCAAACAACAAGUUUGGAGAAUGGGGUAUUUCCUAGAUGGUCUAUAGAAGAAAGCUUUAAUCUGUCAGAUGAAAGCUGUGGCCCUAACCCAGGAAUUGUGAGGAAAAAGAAGAUUGCAAUUGGGGUAAUCUUUUCAUUAUCCAAAGAUGAAGAUGAAAAUAACAAAUUUAAUGAAUUCUUUUUUUCACAUUUUCCUCUCUUUGAAAGCCACAUGAACAAACUAAAGAGUGCAAUAGAACAGGCUAUGAAAAUGAGCCGGAGAUCAGCGGAUGCCAGUCAGAGGAGUUUGGCAUAUAAUCGAAUAGUUGAUGCCCUAAAUGAAUUCAGAACAACAAUUUGUAAUCUUUAUACAAUGCCACGAAUUGGAGAGCCUGUCUGGCUUACAAUGAUGUCGGGGACUCCAGAAAAGAACCAGCUUUGCCAUCGUUUCAUGAAGGAGUUCACUUUUCUAAUGGAAAAUGCUUCCAAAAAUCAAUUCUUACCAGCACUCAUUACUGCAGUUCUGACCAAUCAUCUUGCCUGGGUUCCAACGGUCAUGCCAAAUGGACAACCACCUAUAAAAAUAUUUUUAGAAAAACAUUCCUCUCAGAGUGUGGACAUGUUGGCAAAAACUCAUCCAUAUAACCCACUUUGGGCACAACUAGGGGACUUGUAUGGCGCUAUUGGUUCUCCUGUACGGUUAGCGAGGACUGUGGUGGUUGGCAAACGACAAGACAUGGUCCAGAGGCUGCUUUAUUUUCUUACUUAUUUUAUAAGAUGCUCUGAACUUCAAGAAACCCAUCUUUUAGAAAAUGGAGAAGAUGAAGCCAUUGUUAUGCCAGGCACAGUAAUUACUACCACUUUAGAGAAAGGUGAAAUAGAAGAAUCUGAGUAUGUGCUUAUCACAAUGCAUAGAAACAAAAGCAGUUUGCUCUUUAAAGACCCAGAAGAAACAAGGACUCCUAAUUGUAGCUGUAAAUAUUGCAGUCGUCCACUCCUUGGGCAAAAUAUAGAGAAUGUUUCACAACAAGAGAGAGAAGAUAUUCAAAACAGCUCUAAGGAGCUGCUAGGAAUUUCAGAUGAGUGUCAAAUGAUUUCUCCCUCUGACUGCCAAGAAGAAAAUGCUGUUGAUGUUAAAGAGUUCAGAGAUAAAUUAAGAACUUGCCUUGACACCAAGUUAGAGACCGUUGUUUGCACAGGAUCUGCUCCAGUAGACAAAUGUGCCUUGUCAAAAUCAGGCUUAGAGCCAGCAGAGGAAACAUGGCAUAAUGAGGAAUUGCUGGGUUCAGGUAAUCACACAGGCAAAGUGUUGAGAUCCACAGGAAUGGUUGUGGAAAAAAAACCUCCAGAUAAGCUUUUGACUGCUGCAUUUUCUUGUGAAGCAUCACAGACAAAGGUUACCUUCUUGAUUGGAGAUUCUAUGUCCCCUGACUCAGAUACUGAACUCAGGAGUCAGGCAGUGGUGGAUCAGAUUACCAGGCACCACACCAAACCACUGAAGGAAGAAGGAGGGGCUAUUGAUCAGCAGCAUCAAGAAACUAAACAAACAGCUAAGGACCAAUCCGGCGAGUCUGAUAUACCAAACAUGGUUUCUGGAGAAACCUGUGAACCUCCCUGUUGGAAUCAUUCAGACCCAGAAAGCAUGAGCUUAUUUGAUGAAUAUUUUAAUGAUGAUUCAAUUGAAACCAGGACUAUUGAUGAUAUUAUUGCAGUUAAAACAAGUACAGACAGUAAAGAACAUUGCUGUAUGUUAGAAUUUUCAAAAGGAUUGUGUACAAAAAAUAGCAAACAGAACAGUGAAUUUUGUAAAUGUGUAGAAACAGUUCACCAGGAUUCAUGUAAAACCUGCUUUCCUCAGCAGGACCAAAGAGAUGCACUCUCCAUUCUUGUCCCCCAUGGGGAUAAAGAGAGUUCAGAGAAAAAAAUUGCUGUAGGAACUGAAUGGGACAUUCCACGAAAUGAAAGUUCAGAUAGUGCCCUUGGGGAUAGUGAAAGUGAAGAUACAGGUCAUGAUAUGACUAGACAAGUAAGCAGUUACUACGGAGGAGAGCAAGAAGAUUGGGCAGAAGAAGAUGAGAUACCUUUUCCUGGGUCAAAAUUAAUUGAAGUGAGUGCUGUUCAGCCCAACAUUGCCAACUUUGGGAGGUCCUUGUUGGGUGGCUACUGCUCAUCUUAUGUGCCUGACUUUGUUCUUCAAGGAAUUGGGAAUGAUGAUAGGCUCCGUCAAUGUCUGAUAUCAGAUUUGUCUCAUGCUGUGCAGCAUCCAGUGUUGGAUGAACCAAUAGCAGAAGCUGUCUGUAUUAUAGCAGAUAUGGAUAAAUGGACUGUUCAAGUGGCCAGUAGCCAGAGACGAAUGACAGAUAAUAAAUUGGGAAAGGAAGUCUUGGUUUCCAGUCUUGUGUCCAACCUGCUUCAUUCCACUCUUCAGCUUUAUAAACAUAACUUGUCUCCAAAUUUUUGUGUAAUGCAUCUUGAAGACCGAUUACAGGAGUUAUACUUCAAAAGCAAAAUGCUGUCUGAGUACCUGAGGGGACAGAUGCGUGUUCACGUCAAGGAGCUAGGAGUGGUUCUAGGGAUUGAAUCCAGUGAUCUUCCUCUUCUGGCUGCUGUAGCAAGCACUCACUCUCCAUAUGUUGCUCAGAUACUCCUUUAAUAUAAAGGUUGUUAGAAAUUAACUUUGGUAGAAAGUUAAACAGAAACCAAGGAAGUAGUUGCAACAUUCAUUUAUGGCAGUGUUUUUCCCCGUUAGUCUUCGAUCUGAAUGAGUCAAAUGCCUGGGUAUUCUGCGUUGCAGUACGUAUUGUGUGAUCAUUGGAUUGCUUUUUCCUUUUGGUUGGACUUUUGGGUGGUGGUAUACUUUUAACCAAGUGAAACUAAAACAGCAUAAAUAAUUUUGAGGGAAAGCAUUUGAAAAAGCCAAAGUGUAGAAAUUUAUAAAUGAGUAACAUCAAGGAAUUUCAUAUGAUCACUCCCGUGUUGCCAUGCUCAUAAAUAGCAAUGGAUGUCUCACGAUUAAAUGGCUCAGCAAUAGUCAUUUCAUUAGUUUUAAUUCCUUAUUUCUAAGGUAUGGAUAGAUCUAUAAAACCUUGAUUAUUCGUUUUGUUUUUCAAUUCAAAAUAGUAAUUUUGGGGUAUUUCUCGAAGUAUUUUAAACAGCCUGUUAUAGUAAAUCCAGGAUCAUGAGUGUAAAUGUGUGUAUGUUAUCCACCCAAGUGUACAUAUGUAUCUAUUUUUUAAAAAAGCAGUGGUAGAAAUACAAGAUUGGUAAACAUACCUUUUUUUAAAAUAUUUUCAACUAGUAUAAAUUGUAAAUAGUGUUUAAAUGUUACUCUCUGGUGAAUUUUCUGUUCACACACCCUAAAAUAUAACUAAAGCCAAUCUUUUCUUAAGGCUGAGGAAUGUAGAUUCCCAAAAUAAGAAUACUACUUUAUACCAUUUGUUUUGUUUAUAAGUAUAAGCUAAUUCUUAAAAAUGUUAAUAUUUACAUAUUUGCAUCUAAUUUAAUAAAUGAAAAUUAGGAUUAAAAAUUACACCAAAGCAUUGGGAAAAAUAAUACUAUUUUCUUUAAAAGUGCUCAGGUAGCCAAGGCCUUUGCUUUCAGUAUCAGCCCUUCUUGAACCCACAGGAACUGAAUAUUUGUUUCACUGCUUCAUAAUAUUCAGUUUACACUAAUAGAGCUCAUUUUACCUCUUAAAAUUAUUCUCUUUUCUCUAACGGCCCUUCCCUUCCAAAACCUAGUUUUUUUCCAAAUACUUUCACUUUUCAGUUGUUAAUGUUUUUGUAUAUAUUGUCGAGUGUUGCUUAUGAGAAAGGCUAAUAUGGAACCAAACUCUUGUAAGUAAUGUAAAUAGAAAGAUGGGUAGAUAAAGUUUUCAAUAUGCUCUACUACCUCAGUUUACUUGAAUACUACAUUAUAGUUUAUUCUUUACUUAUCUGAUCUAAGAUACUUUUAAUGCUAGACGUGAAAUUGGUUUCUGCUUUCAUGGACUAUUUUCAUCGUAAUUAAUUGAUUAGCUUAAAAGCCCACUUGUUUAUUCUCUUACUAAGUAUAAUUACUGUAUAAUACAUUCAUUCUUGCUGUUUGAAUUUUUAGUAAUUAAGGAAAAUUUCUGUGGUUGGUUUAGUCUUUGGCCUUGAAUUUAUAGUGUUGGGUCACAUUUUGCCUUGUUCUUUAUGUAUUCAAGAAAUCUCCAACUAGACAAGAAAUGGUUGUUUUGAUGGAGUGUAAACCUGAAAUCGUGCCUGCAAUCACUUUUGCCCCUGCAUCCUAUCAGCUGGUCCCAGUUAGUACCUGAGUCUCCUGUGGAUGACUUGCUGCCAAAGAGUAUUUAUGGAUGUUUUCUUUGGCUUAAUUUUCUUGUUCCAUUAAUUAUUGAAAUUCUUCCCUCUUUUAUUGUUUGGAAUUCUAUGAGUCAGUCUCUUUGGCAGAAUUCAGAAUAUAGACAGAUUAGUAGGUGGGCCAUUGUACAUUAUUUUUUGAUUGUAGUUGAGAAUGAUAUGUACCAGGUAAAUAAUGCCUGUUUUUGCUUGUUCCUUUUUUUUAAUUAAUCGUCAAACUCUUUGAAGUCCUGUUUGAAAUCUCUGUCAUUU